AGUUAAAAGUGAAGUCGUAAUAUUAAAUUUUACGGUUUAAUUAUUUUUAUUAAAUUGUACCGACAUGGCAAGAAAAAGACCAAGACUUAGUCAUGAAGGGAAUCGCAGUAGAAACGACGAAAGCGAACAUCCUGAACCACCACUAUUAUUAGUAUUCGGAGUCUACGCUUAUGAAGCUAAAAGAUUCGACGAAAUAUCGUUCCAAGUAGGAGACCGAAUGAAAGUAUUACAAAAUGUUGAGGAUUAUUAUGAAGUCCUUCACUUCAAAACCAUGCGACAAGGUUUGGUACCAAAAAUGCUGGUCGAGGAGGAACGUCGAUUCGAGGAUGAAGAGUGGUUUUUCAAGGAUAUUGCCCGCGAAAAAGCUACUUCUUUAUUACUAUAUGAUACUGGAACUACAGGAACGUUUUUGAUAAGAAAGUCAAAACAGCCAUCAUUCCUAUUAUAUGUAUUGCAUAUUAAGUAUAGAGAACAUGAAGACUAUAAAGUUGCGCAUUUCGAAAUCAAAGUAUCUAAAAGUGGACGUUACUAUAUUGAAUUCAACAAUAGUUUUCCCAGUAUGCCUGCGCUUGUGUGGAAUUACAAAAAUAAUCCGUUGGAUACAUUGGGCAUUAAUUGA